UUGUUCUGUGGUGGUUUUGGGUUCUACUUCCGGCCUCCUCGUCCUCUGGAAACCACAACGAUGGGCAGUGUUUUGGCGGCCAGCUCCCCCACCCCGCCACCGCCGCCCCCUGGCGCCGCCGCCGGGCUGACGAUGCCGCCGGGCUUUGGGAUGCCCCCCGUGGCUCCGGUCUCCCCCCAAACCGGGGAAUCCUCGGGGUCCCAGCCGGAGCCAGAACCAGGUCUGCCGAACCCCGGCGCCUUCGAUGAGUGUCAUCGGAAAUGCAAAGAGGUUUUUCCGGUGCAGAUGGAAGGAGUCCGAGUGGUCGUCAACAAAGGCCUCAGCAACCACUUCCAGGUGAACCACUCAGUGCUGCUCAGCACCAGCGGCGACUCCACCUACAGGUUUGGAGCCACCUUCGUGGGGCCGAAGCAGACCGGUCCAGCUGAGUUCUUCCCGGUGGUGGUGGGCGACAUGGACAACAGCGGCAGCCUCAACGCGCAGAUCAUCCACCAGAUCAGCAGCCGGAUCCGGUCCAAGCUGGCCUUCCAGACGCAGCAGAACAAGUUUGUGAACUGGCAGGGCGACGCCGAGCUGAGGGGGGAGGACUUCACCGCCACCAUAACGCUGGGAAACCCCGACGUCCUGGUCGGGUCCGGAGUCCUGGUGUCUCACUACCUGCAGUCCAUCACGCCGGCCCUGGCCUUGGGGGCGGAGCUAGUGUACCACCGCCGGCCGGCCGAGGAGGGCUGCGUCCUGUCGCUGGUGGGCAGGUACACAGGCAAGAGCUGCAUCGCCACGCUAACAGUGGGCUCGGCUGGGGCUCACGCGUCCUACUACCAUAGAGCCAAUGAGCAGCUGCAGGUCGGCGUGGAGCUGGAGGCCAGUGCCCGCAUGCAGGACUCCAGCGUGACCUUCGGCUACCACCUGGAUGUCCCCAAAGCCAACCUGCAGUUCAAAGGUUCAGUGGACAGUAACUGGGUGGUGGGCGCCACCCUGGAGAAGAAGCUCCUCCCCCUGCCGCUGUCUCUGGUCCUCUGCUCCUUCCUGAACCACCAAAAGAACAAGUUCCAGUGUGGUUUCGGCAUCACCAUCGGCUAAUGCCGCCGGCCCCCCAGGACUCACUGACCAGUCUGUGACCGGCCGGACGCCACUGGACCCAGCCACCAUCAGAACCCGUCGUCCAACUACAACUUUUAACCUUAUUUCCUUUUUUUACUGUAAAGUCUGACUGAUUUUGUUGCCUUUUGUUGUCACAUGGAACCUGAAUGACCUGUACAUACCUCUGGAGACCCAUAAAUAGCGUUUCUUACAAAAAAA